AAAGUUGAAAAGAAGAUGGAUUUUGCAUAUUUGGGAAUCUUAUUGAUCCUAUUAAGACUCAGUUACUUGUCUCUUUUUUCCAAUGAUUCAAGCGUUAAUGAAGCUAACUUACACACCACAGAUCCUUCUCCUAAUGCUCAACAAGUCAAAUAUCUCAUGAAUAACCCUAUUAACAUCGAUGCCAUAGAUGUUGCACAGAGUUGCUUAAAUCAAUUCAAUUUAAUGCGAAGCAUCAAUAUGACAUUAAUGCAACUAGCAUUAUUCAUGAGGCUAUAUCAUCUGGUUUCACCCGAGGAUGGUGAUGGUAUUAAUGGUGGAGAUGCCCAAGUAUUUAAUGCAAUUUUGGUCCAAAUGGGGUUUACUUUAGGACUUCAUCGUGAGCCAGAUAAUUUCCCUGAUACUUGUAAUGACGAAAAAGUUAACAAUUUGGGACGAAAAAUAUGGACAUUUUUAUUGAUUAGUGAUUUAAAUCUUGCUAUGGCUAAUGGAACCAUGUUGAAUGUUAAUAUGGAUUCGUUUGACACUAAAGCUCCAUUUUACAAGCCAGGUAAUGAAAAUGUUAUUGAUGUUGAAUUGGAGCAAUCAACUAUGAAGUGUUUUACUCAGUUUGAUAUUUCUUAUCAACCAUUACAUGAACUCUUGUCUACAAUAAUGAAAGUUAGAGGGCUGUCUAAUAUGUCAGAAUUAUGUACCAAGUUAAGUUAUAUGGAAUGUCACUUUGUUGACAGAUUUGGGGAUUUAAUGGAUCGUACAGAGGCAUUAAAGAAUGAAAAAGAAGACAUUAUGCCUCGUACUUUGAGAAUGAAAAUUUAUUGUACUGGGAACUUCUUUAUGGUUUCCCUUUAUUUACAUAUUUUCAAUCAUUAUGAGCGUAAGGGAAGUACUGAUUUGGCGUAUUAUUACCUUAAGAAGAUUUUUGUUGUUGUUAUACUUGAUUUAAUGCCAUUUUUUUGGGAAUGUGUCAGUGAUAUUCACAGGAUGGUUUCCCGUGAUUCAACUGAUUUAGUGAUUAUUCCCGCAUACGAAACUGUGGCUCAUAAGUCGUUAUUGGUUAUUACAGCAGUGUAUUUGAGAGUCAGGCAUAAAGUUUUAACUUUGCAAUCAAGAUAUAACCAUUCUCCUUUGAUGAAAGGUAAUGAUAAAUACCGAGUUCAUUAUCAACGCUUGGUGAAUAUCUCAGAGUUGUUGUUGAAAUGUCGUGAUGUAUUUAGAGAAGGUGUUUCUAAACUUGCGCAUCGUUAUUAUUAUGCUUGGAGAAUAACUAAAGCUCAAAAUUUUUUGCAUAGCCUUUACACCAAUGAUGAGUUAUUCAAACAAUAUAAACCACUCCAUGAAUCAUUGAUUUUCAAUAAUGAUCAGAUGUUGGAGGAAUUAGAAUUCAUUAUUGAAAGUUCAUUAACCAAGGUCAAAGAAGCCAAGAAGAAUCCUAAAAAUCCAGUUUAUUCCAAAUAUAGUUAUGAAGAUUUUGCAACCAAAAGAUUUGCUUCAACUCCAUUAUUUGAUACCAAUUCCACAGCAAGUUCUGAUAUUGAUGUGACGGAUUAUAAGCCAAAUGAACAGAUUGACUCAAUUUGGUUGCAAAUGAUGAAUAUGAAGAAUGAAUAUGGAGAUCCUGGUACUGGCAGAUUUGGAGGUAAUAAUAUGGGAGUGCCCAGUAUGAGCACAGGUACCAGCCAAAUGAUUGAUCCAAUAUAUAAUAUCAAUGUGGCUGCUACUCCAAAUAUCAUGAGCCAAUUAGAUGGUACCAUACCUGGUGUUGGCACCGGGUUGACUCCUGGGCCUGGAAAUGCAUUUAGUCCUGCCAUUCCUAUGAAUUUUGGUAGUGCCAAUGAGUUGUUUGAAAAUUAUCCCAUUGAUGAGUUGUUUAAAGAUUUUUCAUGAUGAUGCGUGUUUUUUUUUAUUAAUUUAAAUUACGUUAAUGUUAACGUUUAUGUAUUUAAUGCUUGUAUAUAUUUACCUAUGUUUUAUUAAUGAACAGUAUUGUAUUAUUU